AUGAAAAACUUAGAUUUUCUUAGGGCCUUUAACGUCUUAGUGUCUAGGGAAGCUCCGCAACUCUACAGCGAAAAAAAGCUGAUCGAAAUUAACAUGUUCUUGGAACGGUUUUUGCUGCACCACAACUUUUCAUCUGAGGUACUUCAUAUCGAAGAAAAUGACAAGAAAGAAGCAAUAAAGAACGCUCAUCAAAGUGAGACUAACAGUGAUGAUGAAAUCAAGAAACCAAACAAGAGUCCUAAAAAUGACAAAAAGAAUGCAUUUUCGUCGGGAUCAGGAUCAUCAAGUAUCGUUAUUCCAGAACUGCCGGAAUUUUUUAAAGCGAUAAUCAUUUCAUUGGGGGGUACGGACGUAACUUUUGUGAUGCAGAAGGAAGUAAACAAAACUGACCUGGAGCGCAACAACAACCGGUUGGCGAUGCCAGAGAAGCAGAUAAACGAGGAGUGCAAGUUCUUAGCGCUCAAAGACCCGGCAAUGAUGAGGAUUUUUGAGGCAAGGGAUGAGAACAAUCGGCUAAUUGGAAUGGAGGUAGGGCUCAUAGAACCCUGUGGCGAAGUGUGCGAUCAGGUUCUCAAGAGGUGGAACAUGACCUCUGCCUCCACCUACAAUCUUGCUAGCUCUUCUUGGAUCCGUAUUGCUCAGAGGAAUCAUCUCAAGAUAGGUCAUCUUCUCAAUAUUUGGUGCUUUAAUGUCAACACUAAAUUUUAUUUUCUUCUCCAUCGUAUAUAG